CAAACACAUGGCGUACUAUCGGUGUUCAAUCAUUGCCUAUUUCAAAAACAUGUCUGCUGCCUUGCGGACCACGCGUAAUUUGUUUUUCUUGAAAAAUGUUUUACCAGUCCGUCAUAUUAGUCCACUGUUGCAUCGCAGACAGAUAAAGCUGUCAGCAUAUGUAAACCAGAAAUAUUACACAGAUAAAACUGAAUCAUGGGAAGAUAAUGGUCCUGGGAAACAGGCAAAGGAGAACAAACGGAAGAAAAAGAAAAACGAGCCUCUCAGAGAUAUAGAUUCACCAUCAUCCCAAGAAAACUUUGCCAGGGUGAAUGUAGAACUCGACUCAGCAAUGAUGGAUGAGAUCAAUGUGCAGCAACUGAAAUACAAGUACAAGAAGCAUCCUGGUAAAGUGACAGUGUCAAGAGCGGAGUUGCCCUUUGAGUUGCAGGAUGCAGUUGAAGCGGUCAUGGAUAAGUAUGAUGUCUCAAGGAAAAUUCUCGAACUGGAGGCUGCCAAGCUUCAGAGAUCCUUAUUUGGCAGGAUGAAGCCAUUGGAAGAGAAUGAACUGCUUGCCAAAGCCGAGGAAAUGGAAAACAAGAUUAUCAGUGAACGUAAUAUUGUUUUUUCUGAGCUAAAGCCUGGCAAACUGAAAAGUGUGAAAGAGGGAAUUUUCAAAGAAGUCCAAGCAAAGAUUCACUUAAGAGGGAACAAUUGGAGGCCAAUGAAAUAUAACCAACACCAAAGUAUGGUAUAUAUGGUAGCAAGGCUGGACAGGGAGUAUGCAGACUUGGUCAGGGUUUUCCAUGAAAUCAAGGCAAGGGAUCCAGAGUUUAAACCAGGGACACUGUUUGACUUUGGGUCAGGAACAGGAUCCGUAAUGUGGGCUGCAAAUACCGUGUUUAAGAAUUCGAUCUGGGAGCAUUUUCUUGUGGACAACUCUGUAGAAAUGCACGAUCUAGCUAAGCUACUGCUUCAUGGUGGCGACCCAGAUGGCAAACCACACUUCAAGAAUGUGUACUUCAGAUACAACAUGCCAGAAACACUACGGUAUCAAAAUGACCUGGUAGUGAGCGCCUUUUCUCUAUUUGAGUUAUCCUCUAAAAGUGAGAGACUGGAAAUCUGUGAACAGAUGUGGAAAAGGACGAAACCUGGAGGAUAUAUGGUCCUCAUGGAGUUGGCCUCGAAGACUGCUCACACUGUUAUGAUGGAGGUUAGGGAGCACAUCCUUAAAUUGAUAAACACAGCAGAACAGGUAGAAGAAGACGAUAGUAUUACUGAGCUAUAUGCUGGUCAUCUCUUUGCUCCUUGUCCUCAUACACAAGUCUGCCCAAGAACUUUUCGAGAAACAACAAAGUGCGUUUUUGAGACACCUUUCAAGCCAAUGAUGUUGUAUAUGAAAAGCGAGGAUGACAUGCUGAGGGACAGAUUCACUUACCUCAUAUUCAAGAAAGAAAAGAAACCUGAAGAUGCCGCCCCAUGGCCAAGGGUGGUUUACAUCCCACAGAUAGGCACGAAACACAUCAAGUGUCACCUGUGCUGUGCUGAUGGCAAGAGCAGAAAUGUGGUUUUCACUGCAAGAACACAUGGAAGGGAAGUCUACAAAACUGUAAAGAGAAGCAGGUGGGGCGACAUGCUGCCCUUCCAGGGCCUGGAGGAUGUGGAAAAGUCAUUCACCAAGGCCGAUGCCAUCAAAGAGAAGAUCAGGAAGAGGAAAGAAGCCAAACUUAAAGCAGACGCAGAGAAGUCUGAACAACAACCAAAACUGGAGAUGGCACUGCAAUCAAUGACAAGCUUGGGAAAUGCAGAUACCAACUUUGAUGAGGAGGAAGAAGGCAGAGAUGGUGAUAUGCAUUACCAAGAGGAAGAGGAAGAACAGAUGGGCGAGCUUGAUGAUCCCCGUUUUGACGUGGAACCCUCAAGUGAACUGUGGGAAGAAAGGAGCACGUAUGAAGCCAGAGGAAAUGCUAUAGUUCAAAGCCAUGAGGAUCAGAUGGAGAUAUUUGAACAAUGGGAAGAAUACGAAAAUUACAGAUCAGAAGAUGAGGAAGAAGGAAUGCAUGACAAUGAGAAAGUAAUGCUUUCCAAUGUCAACAAUCAAGACGAAUUUACUCAAAGAGAUGAUCUUGGUCAAGCAAUUACAUUACUUGACGUGGGAGAUUUUACUGAUGAGAUGACAGAAACCAAAGAAAGCACUGAUGCCGAUUCUGAGGAAAAUUUAAAACAAAAGAGAACCCUGUAUGGCACAGUAUUCUUUAACAAGGACAAAUGAUGGCAGACAGCAAUUCUGAAAAAAAGUUUGGCCAAUGGGAAAGUUUUAUUGUUCUGACAUUCUUAUAAAGUUCACAGGAAAUUUUCAAUGUAGUGGACACCUGGGAGAAAACUGGUUUUAAAACCUGGUCCACUUCUUGGUUUAACUUGGUUUCAUUUGGUGUGAGGCAUUUGUUCUCUUGUUGGUUCAAUCUUAAUCUCAUUUGAAACAUUUACUGACAAAAGACAGGUAUUUAAAAGCUUCAAUUGUUAAGAUUUAAAUAAGAUAUUAAGGUUUAAUUUUUUUCUCUGAUACAGCAAAUUUUGUUUAUUGAUUUUUUUUUUUUACAUUUAUUAAAAACUUUGUAGUAACAUAGAAAUUACGCAUAAAUCAUAUAUGUACAAAAAGACAAAUAUUAGAAUAAAAUGAAGAAAAUGAUAGAGUAGAGAGAGGAAACAACUACAUUUCUGCAAACUUUUGUAUGAUAUUAGCUGUAAGAAACUGAUGUAAAUUAAAUAUUCAUCAUCGUGUAUUUGCCUAUGUGGUUUGGGUUAAUGUCCAAUUAGCCAAUCACCAUAUAACAACUUCACCAUUAAUACAGUCACACAUUUGUGCAAAUGAAGUUAUGAAGAUUUAGAAAGUUUAUUUUCUUUGGCACUACGUAUGUUUUCAUAUUUGAACAGAGAGGCUUGAUUCAUUCUUGAAUUAACAAAAGAUUGUUUUGCACAGAAAACUUACGGUAGUGACUCGAUCAUUUCAACCAGGAAAAAUUAUCAAUUUUUCAGGUACAUAAUUUUGGAAUCAUUAAAAUCCAUUUCCAUGUAGCAUUUUACUUUUAAGUGCUUUCACUGUAUAGAAAAGAACUAUUAGCUAUAGGUAGUUUACUUUUCAUUUGCAUUGCUACCACCCAAUAGGAAUGUUCAAAUUUUAAGAAUUUAUUAAGCUGAUUAUUAGAUGUCUACUUAAAGAAGUAUUUGCACUUUUUUUACCAGGGACCAACAGUUGUAUUGUUUUAGAGCACAACAAAAGAAUUUUUCCAAUUUUAAAUUUGAGACCAACUUUGUUAAACAAAUGAUUGGGUAAAGUUUAAACAUCAAACCAGAAAGUUUAACCCUCCUUACAAAAAAAGCAUUAUUUUUAAAAGGUUGAUCUUUCCCAACAGUAAGCAUCAUAUGAUACCACAUGUGCAGAAAUAAUAACAAUACCUAUGAUAAAAAUUUCCUUUUAAAUAUUAGACUUAAUUUGGUUUGUAUAAAUAAAACAACCUUUCUGCCUGUGACAAUCUUAUGCUUAUUACAGUCUUAAUAAAGUCACUUUUUACAUAAAAUAUAAACCAAGAUGGAUGCAUUUGAAAGCAUUUUCUUAUCCAACUGUGUUUUCUUGAACGUCAAUUUAGUUACACUUACAUAAACAACAGAAAAUAAUAUUAAGAAAUAGAAAACAUCUGCACUGAAUAAAAUGGGGGGGAAAUACCCAUUAAAUUUUCACAUACACAUCUACACUGAAUAAAAUGGGGGAAAAUACCCAUUUAAUUUUCAUAUACACAUCUACACUGAAUAAAAUGAGGGAAAAUACCCAUUAAAUUUUCAUAUAACAUAAGAAAUAUGAAAAAGAGAAAAUCUAUUUAGAUGCAAUACACUGAAUCAAUAACCAAUACUACAGAUAUAUUGAUACAGAUAUCAAGAAGAUGAAAAACAACAGAAAAGCAAAAUCAACAUCCAUAUCAUGAAAUGUUAACCACCAAGGACUUGGCCUCUUUUUCACUGAAUGUCUGUGCUUCUUUUCUUCUAUUCUUUAUAAUUCUGAACUGUUGGACAGUGAAGGUUGAGUUUUAACAGUUUUACCUAGACUUUGUAAACCCAAUGCUUAAAACCUUCAGGGGCAGAUUGAGGCUGUCUUCUGGGUCCUCCUGAAGACGGCCAGUUUUUCAAGUUUACA